AGAGGACGAGGCCGAAGCCCCCUGGCGCCCGCCCCCAUUUCCCCGGCCGAUGUGAUGUUGCUCUCUCUGGCAAUGAGUGCUGGAAAGGAAAAAGACGCGGAAAGGGGCCCGGGAGUUUUUCUCCGUUUUGUGUAUUAUUCUGCGGGCCCGGCAAACCUGCGGCGUGUACAUGUUUCUUUCGUCUGCAAAGAAAGGGCCCACGGUUGCCGUGUUUUGCCUGUGGCCCAUUCUCCGCCCCCGCCUUUCUUUGCGCUUUCGGUGUAUUAGGAGUCUGGCUACGCCCUCGGUUUCGUCAUUAUAUUGGCCUCGCCGGGCUCGGGGCUGUGUAUGUGUUAUUAUUAUGCUAGAAGACAAUCAGCAGCAGCACACACUAGCAUGGCUAUCAAGAUGCCUUUCUGAGUGGCGGGACGGCGCGCAAUAGAAUAGCGAGGCAGCAUCUGUUGGCUUCGUUCUUCGUGCUGACGUUGGCCCAUGUAGUUAUCGUUCGUUUGUUUCCCUUUGUGUUGGCCGUGUCGUCGUGUCAACGUGAUAAGUUGCCUUUGCAUGGGUACUACUACUAGCAUAUCCUCGGGCCUGCCUUGCGUGAUCGGUGCGUUGGCUGCGUCGUUCAAUGUUCGCAGUCGGUCAUCGUGCAAAUAUUUCGAUACGUGAAGGUGAGCAAACAAGCAGUGAUGCUUGGCGUGCGCCCUUGUUGCUUCAGCCUUGUUAAAUAGCGGGCCCCGUGCUAGUAGCUCGCUUUGCUAUUUGUUUGCGACUUUAUCUCUUCUGUAUUUUCAUUUUUGCAUCGUCCCCCUGGCUGCCUCAAACGCGACAGGACCCAUCUCUUUCGGGCAUUUGAAUUUGUCUCUUCAGCCUUCCUCUUUGUGAACAACAAGUACAAGAAGAGCAACACGAGAGACCGACAACAACAAGCAAAGCAUGAUAAAUAUAGAUUUAGAUGAUAUGCGGCCUGACUAGCGACUUUGUGGUCGAGUCAGACAACAAGCAGCGGCUGCACGAGCUAGCAGCAGCGCGGCAGCUUGUUGACCUCUCCAGCUUGCACAAAAAACCGUGGCGGGAGCGGUUCACUUUCACCGGAAAGUGGACAAGCGAAGAAAGACGACAAAGGGAAUACGACCGGUUCCUCGUAUCCCACCGAGAUCGCGGCCUCUUUCAAAAACUAAAAGUGAUCAAGGGCACACUCACACACAGCGACCACCGCAUGGUGGUGAUGGAGAUGAAACUUGGAGCAAUAAAAAAGCCUUCCUCUAGAAAAAUUCCCCCGCAAAUAAUUCGAAGCAAGGAAAAGGCAGAACAGGCCAGCAAGCGGCUGGCGGUCAAGUACACGCCCGAGGUGCUUGAACAAAUCGAAAACGGUCCAACAAGUGCAGGGGCUUGGUGGACGGAGUUCGAGAA